AUGGAGGGGCUGGCGGCGCUGCCCGAGGUGUGGCGGCUCUACUUCGCCUCCGUCCGCGCCGCCACCUUCCGCAACUGGCCUUUUACCGAGGGCUGUGCCUGCACGCCCGAGCGGAUGGCGGCGGCUGGCUUCGUGCAUUGUCCCAGCGAGAACAGCCCCGACGUGGCGCAGUGCUUCUUCUGCCUUAAGGAGCUGGAGGGCUGGGAGCCCGACGACGACCCCCUGGAGGAACACAAAAAGCACUCUGCGGAAUGUGGUUUUCUUUCUCUUCAGAAAGAACCUGCUAACCUGACGGUGCAGGAGUUCCUGAAGUUGGACAAAAUGCGAAUGAGAAAGGCACUUAAAAAAGAGAUUUCUCAGAAGAUGACCAAGGUUGAAGACAAAGCCAAGAUCCAGCGUUGUAGUAUAAAAAAUCUGGUCUAGACUGUUCUACCUCCACAGUUGCCAGUGACGUCUGUCUUGUCCACAUGCUGUGGCACUGCCCCUGUGACUGAAUGGCCGUGUUUCCUGAGGCUGCUUCCAGACUGGCUCUCCCUGAGAAGCAGAGGGAAUUCUGCUUCACUUCUCUGAGUCUGUCUGGAAAGUACCUGAGGUUUGAUGCAUUGCAUACAUAAUCUUUUUCUGCAGGGAUUCUCCUAAUUUUCCUGCUGGUUUUUUAAGGAUUAUUACUUGUAGGCUUACUUGUUGUGUUUUUUUGGUUUGUCUUUUGUUUUUUGGGGUUUUUUUUGGUAAAUCCAGCUGUUUAGAGAUAUUGCCGUCUCAUAAAGAUACUGGUAACUCUGGUGCUAAAACUUUUAUUUCUGAUAGGAGUUGACAUGCACUUCCAUUUUUGUACUGAAUACCAAUGCUUUUAGAUACUUAGGGACAUAGAAAGUGGAAGGAGUUUUAAAAAUACUUCAGGGAUUUAGGAUUGUGGCUAAUAAUGUUGAGUUAUGCCACACCUAGUAUGCCGGGUAUUCUUGUAAACUUCUGUUUGUAGUUGGCUGCUUCCUCAUAUUGAUGCAUUUAUAAAUAAAAGUUGAAAGCAGAA